GUCCGGUGUCACGCUCCAAACUGGACAAUGCGUGACCGGUUGGUCAUGCCAGAACAGUACACGGGAAUUUUUGCCGGUAACUCAUGUCACACCCUAGCCUCUUCAGAAACCUUGUUCUGAGGCUUCGAAUAUGCUUCUUCUUAUUUGGGACGAUUGGCAAUGUGUUGUAUGUGAUUAUUCUGUCUGCUGCAUUAGAUCUCGUCCCCACCGGGACACCCAAGGGGGUCAUCGCAUUCUGCGGUGUUACUCCUUCUCUAGCGACCAAAAUUGGAUGGCCUUACCUCCUCAAAGGGAAGAUACAGUAUAAACAAAGGAUUAUUGGAUGCUGCUUUAUGAGUGUUAUGGGGAUGACUGUUGUGGCCGCCUUUAAUCAUCUCUCGAUGCGUCUGCUGGGCAUUGCUUUAGCGUCACUCUCCUCUGGCCUCGGCGAACUCACCUUCCUUCAACUGUCGACAACGUAUACAUCGAGCGGGGUUUCCGGUGAUGCAUUAGGAUAUUUCGCGUCUGGCACUGGAUGCGCCGGACUUCUCGGAGCAGGCUUAUGGUGGGUUCUGAGGGGUCUUGGGGUACAGCUCGGCGUGGGCCUUUCGUCGUUGCUACCCUUCGUGAUACCAUUAGCCUAUUUCCACGUUCUUCCCACUGCAACCAACUUUCUGAAUGCAGGGGCCUAUACACCUUUCGAACAUGAUCAUUACAUGGGGACUCCAUCGACUGAAAACCCGGCAGAAAGCCCGAGCAUGAUCAUAACCUCAAAUGCCUCCUCCGGUGCCCCGUCCGUUUCCCUAACUCCCGCUGACAAAUGGCGUCUCGUUCACCCUCUGAUAUUGCGAUAUAUGGCCUCAUUAUCGAACCCCUACCUUGCAGUUUGUGUCUACACAUUUGAAUACACAAUCAAUCAAGGCAUAUCUCCUACACUAAUUUUUGCAGUCCCUAAACCUUCCCAACACCCUGUGCUGAGUCACAUCGUGAAGAGCAUUAGAGAUUAUUAUCCGCUCUGGCAGCUGAUCUAUCAAACAACCGUUUUUCUCUCCCGCUCUUCCAUCUCACUAGGCCUCCCUCCGCUUCCUCGAAAGUACCUCCCGGUGCCUGCAAUCUUACAAGCAUUCAUUUUGAUCUUCCUCUUCCUUGAAUCGUCGCGUGGUAUCAUCCCUCCCGGGGAGACCGGACAGCCUGAUGACGAUGAGAGCGCUAGCAUCCUAUGGGUUGCAUUCUUUAUUGCUAUUGAAGGAAUUUGCGGAGGUUCUGCAUACGUGAAUGCGUUCUACCAUGUAGGUCAUGAGGAUUUGGAUGUCGUGAGUCAGGAUCCCCUCGCGUUCGAACGGCAAGUCCAGGAACGGGAGUUCAAGAUCGGUGCUAUUGGUCUUGCGGAUACGUUCGGCAUCUUGAUGGCUAGCCUGCUAGCCGUACCUGUGGAGAUCAAGCUUUGCCAUGAUCAGAUCUCCCGCGGAAGGGAGUUAUGCAGGAAAGUGUAAAGAUGCAAUGCAGGGGCCUGCUUGGAACUGUUUUUGGGAACUGCGUUUCUUUCGGUAGG